UUACGAAUUGUUUAUCUUGUAGUUGUAGCUCUGCUAGUACGCUGCACUACUACUGACUGAAAUACUGAAAUACUGAUAGUGAAACGUAGUCUUCGAAACUUACGAAACUAGAUUAUUUAAACUAAACAUGUCAGUCGUGUACAAAGCAUUCAUUCGGAAAAUUGAUGUACUGGUUCCAUCUAAGUUUCAACCCGUGUGGAAUCACGCUGCAGGUCCAAAGACUGUCUUCUUUUGGGCACCAGUAUUUAAAUGGGCAUUAGUAAUCGCAGGGAUAAGUGACCUUAAACGCCCUGCAGAUAAACUUAGUGUCAUGCAGUCCGGUGCUCUUGCUGCUACAGGCAUUAUAUGGUCGAGAUACUCGAUGGUGAUAAAGCCCAAGAACUACAGUCUGCUUAGUGUGAAUGUGUUUCUGGCUGCUACUGGUCUGUAUCAGCUCUACAGGAUAUAUGACUACCAACAACAUCUGAAAAAGAUGGAAAAGAUUGAAAGUUAGAUGGCGGACAUGUUACUGUGAUCAGAUUGAUAGGAACUAUAACAUUGCAAAGCUUGGGAGGAUAUGCAUUAAGGCAAAGCUAAUCGAGUAGUUUGAUUCAUGACUUGAGACAUUUAUUCUCAAAGGUGCCAAACGUUUGUUGGGAAUUGCAUUGUGAUCGAUAUAUUCUUACAAGUGAUGCAAAAUAAUGCAGUUGUGACUAUGUAGAUAGUGUGUAGAAAUAAUAUAUAGAUAUCAUUUGUUUGGAAUAAGAGAAAUAUGAAAAAAGUAUUUAGUAUCAGAAGUUGUACACUCUUUUGCAUGGCUUUGGCUUGACUAUUUUUUCCGUGGAUUAACCAGCCAGUUUGUUCAUUAUUGCUGAGUAUCAUUAAAUAAGAAGUCUUUACCACUGUUCGUAUGGGAAAAUUGUUUGAUUUUUGUUAUCUAUAGCACGUUUUAAUAUGAGUAGUAGCAUAUUGCUAUGGACAUAUAUGAAUUUAUUAUAAUAAAUACGAAUUGUAAUAAACC